AUGGAUCAUGAUGGUGACAUUGAUAUUUGUUUUUCUCCAAUUGGAACAACAAGAAUCCAAUGGAGGAGAAAUAUCAAUCUAAGUUGGAUGAAAGCAAUAGCCAGGUCAAAGAAAAAUCCAAAGGCAUGUCAGAAAGUUCCUAUAGCUCCUCAUACUCAGCUUCAGACAGUUUUAGUCACCGAUGCAGCAACUCACCUAAGCUGCUCUUCUAGUGCGCACAAGGAUUGCAAGUGUGUAUCCAAGCAUGUGAUGCACCAAUGGGCUGUCUGUUGGAAUGAGGUAACAUAUCAACCUGAUGAAACUUCUGUCUGCAGCUAUUACAUGGGUCUUUUCUUGGUGGAUCCCCAAUAUGGUGCUGCUUGUGGUGUCAAAGACUGGUCCAUUCAGAACCCUCUUCAUGUAAAGGAAUUGAGCCAGACUUCCGCUGGUGGAUUUUUGAGCUCCAUUACUCAGGGGCCCAAUGAAUAG